AUGGCAACCGUAGUCGAUGAGUUGCAAAUCAGUCAGCUGGAUUUGGACGGCUCGUCUAUCGCCUCGAUCGCGUUUGAAUCAUUCGACUUGCCAGCAUCGAACCAACGAAUUCUCGGGCCACCGCAUCCUCCAGAUACACCUAUUCCGCUCGCACUUCGUCCCACUCCAGCUGACACCGAGGUCAAUCUUGACGAUGUGAUAAGAUCUGUCAAAGUCCUGCAGGCAGAUGGAACAUUAACCAAGAAGUUGGCGAGGCACGGAACCUUGCUCUUCCGCAAUCUACCCAUCCAUGACGCCGAGGACUUCAGCAAGUUCGCGCAUGCUUUCGGAUACAAGCCGCACGAGAUCAUCGGCAUAGUUGUUGACAGGCCACUUCUCGCGCCAAAUGUUGCACCAGCAAACGAAGCACCCAAAGAGGUACUGAUAUACAACCACAACGAGUCCCCGCAAGUGCCACACGCGCCCGAGUAUAUCUUUUUUAUGGGCAUCGCGUGCCUACCCAAGGUGGCGACCCAAAGUGAAAUUCCGGAAUUCAUCGACGAACUAGCGGAGAAAGGUAUUUUGAGCAAAGUCACAUAUCAUGUUGAACAGCAGUUUCAGGGUGGAUCGACGCUGCGCCAGGCAUUUGGCAAGGAGAUACAGGAUGGUGACGACGAGGAUGAGAAGCGCCGCAAGAUCGAGGCCCAAAUUGCUCGCUACGGCAGAGGGAAACAUACCACGUGGGAAUGGAAAGAUGGUACCUUGGUUUUGACGCAUAGGCUACCUGUCAUUCGCACGCAGCCUGGAACUAACUUGCCAACUUUGUUUACUGGUCUGGCAUCAUACUGGAAACGUACCCAGCUUGAUGUGCAAGCGCGCAAGAACGUUACGAGUCAAUUAUUUGGGGAUGGGACUCCAAUUCCCGAGAAGUAUCUUGCGCACUUGGCAAAGAUUACUGAUGAAAUUCGAGUUCUGCAUCGCUGGGAGAAAGGGGAUGUAUUGGUAUUUGACAAUAUUAUUGCGCAGCAUGGCAGAGAGCCCUGGCAGGGUGAACAGUCUGACCGCGUGAUCCAGGCUAGUCUGUUUGAUGGCGAAGCCGUGCCUGGAGCAUAUGGAUUUGGGGACUGGGCACAAGUUGUGCAAGCCCUUGAUUAA